UUCUGACAUUUGUUUCCUUCCUAAUGUGCUUUAGAGAGUUGUGUUGUGCAGAGGAAAGUGUGAGUACAGCGGCGAUAUCACUAUUAGUGCUACUACAUCUACUGUACAAAUCCAUCAUAUGGCAAGAAACAUUUAGUUAAGGAAAGAGGAAAGAUCCAGCAUUACUUUAAGAAAUAAAGUAAGAUGCUGGCCCUGGUGUCCUUGUUGCUCUCUCUGUUGUCCCUACCCUCAGCAAGUAAAGGAGGUCUGAAUGGGAAGGUUCUCCUGUUCCCGUUUGAGACAGAUUUCAGUUUUGUGAUGCUUUCUCCUCAGAAGCCUCUGUCCCUCUCUGCGUUCACUCUGUGCAUGCGUGUGGCCACAGAGCUGCAGGAUAAGCGUGAGCUCAUCCUUUUCGCCUAUCGCACCAACACCACCGACGAGCUAAACGUGUGGCGCGAGAGCGACGGCCGGAUCUCGUUCUACCUGGCCGGAGACGCCGCCUUGUUCCACCUCACGCCUCUGUCCAGCUUCCGCACUCACCUGUGUCUCACCUGGGAGUCCAGCAGCGGACUCGCCGCCUUCCACGUGGACGGACGCCGCAGCACGCGCCAGAUCUACAAAGCGGGACACAAGAUCCGCCCUAACGGCAGCGUUCUGCUCGGCCAGGACCCCGACACCUACCUGGGGAACUUCGAGACGACGCAGAGCUUCGUGGGUGAGAUGACGGACGUGAACAUGUGGGACUUCGCUCUGUCUCGGGUGCAGAUCAACGCCCUGUACACCAACAUGAAGCACAGAGUGCCACGUCCAAACGUGUUCGACUGGAACACCGUUGAGUACGAGAUCCACGGCAAUGUCCUGGUGGUGCAGGAUGACUGAUCUCUCACACACACACACACACACACACACACACACACACACACACACACA